UGUGUCUUUAAUAUUUUCCUUUUCAGAUAUUUUUGAAGCACACAAACUAUCAAGAUGGACACGUCAAAACUUCCAAAGAUCCGGGAUGAGGACCGAGAAGGAGAGUUUGGAUAUGUUCACGGGGUUUCUGGACCAGUGGUGACAGCGACUGCAAUGGCAGGAGCGGCCAUGUACGAGCUGGUUCGCGUGGGUCACAGUGAACUGGUGGGAGAAAUCAUCCGUUUGGAGGGAGACAUGGCAACUAUCCAGGUCUACGAGGAGACAUCUGGUGUGUCCGUCGGUGACCCUGUUCUUAGGACUGGGAAACCCCUCUCUGUAGAGCUUGGACCGGGGAUCAUGGGCUCCAUCUUUGAUGGUAUCCAGCGUCCUCUGAAGGACAUCAAUGACCUCACUCAAAGUAUCUACAUCCCCAGAGGAGUAAACAUCGGCGCUCUUAACAGAGACAGCAAGUGGGAGUUUAACCCGGUCCAGAGUCUGCGGGUUGGGAGUCAUGUGACAGGUGGAGACAUCUAUGGCAUGGUGUUUGAAAACUCCCUAAUCAAGCACAAGCUGAUGCUUCCUCCUCGCAACAGAGGCACUGUCACCUACGUCGCCCCGCCGGGAAACUAUGACAUCUCUGAUAUUGUUUUGGAGCUGGAGUUUGAAGGCGUGAAGGAGAAGUUCACCAUGGUGCAGGUGUGGCCGGUGCGACAGAUCCGCCCUGUCACAGAGAAGCUACCUGCUAAUCACCCACUGCUGACUGGUCAGAGAGUUCUGGACGCUCUUUUCCCCUGUGUGCAGGGUGGCACCACCGCUAUUCCAGGAGCCUUCGGUUGUGGAAAGACCGUGAUCUCGCAGUCUUUGUCCAAGUACUCCAACAGUGAUGUCAUUGUUUAUGUCGGCUGUGGAGAGCGUGGAAAUGAGAUGUCUGAGGUGCUGAGAGAUUUCCCUGAGCUUACCAUGGAGGUUGAUGGUAAGGUGGAGAGCAUCAUGAAGAGAACAGCUCUGGUUGCCAACACAUCCAACAUGCCUGUGGCUGCCAGAGAAGCCUCAAUUUAUACAGGGAUCACACUGUCCGAGUACUUCAGAGAUAUGGGCUAUAAUGUGAGCAUGAUGGCCGACUCGACAUCUCGAUGGGCCGAGGCUCUGCGAGAAAUCUCUGGAAGAUUGGCUGAAAUGCCUGCUGACAGUGGAUAUCCUGCUUACCUGGGUGCCAGGCUCGCCUCUUUCUAUGAGCGUGCUGGACGAGUGAAGUGUCUGGGAAAUCCAGAGAGGGAGGGCAGUGUCAGCAUCGUUGGAGCUGUGUCGCCCCCUGGUGGAGAUUUCUCAGACCCCGUCACAUCAGCCACUUUGGGAAUUGUCCAGGUGUUCUGGGGAUUGGACAAAAAGCUGGCUCAGAGGAAGCACUUCCCUUCUGUAAACUGGCUGAUUAGUUACAGCAAGUACACACGAGCUUUGGAUGAAUAUUAUGACAAACAUUUCCCCGAGUUUGUUCCUCUCCGUACAAAAGCCAAAGAGAUCCUGCAGGAGGAGGAGGACCUGGCGGAAAUUGUGCAGCUUGUUGGCAAGGCUUCUCUCGCUGAGACCGAUAAGAUCACUCUAGAAGUUGCGAAGCUCAUUAAGGAUGACUUCCUGCAGCAGAACGGCUACACCCCAUACGACAGGUUCUGCCCUUUCUACAAAACUGUUGGCAUCCUCUCAAACAUGAUCGCUUUUUAUGACAUGGCCCGACACGCGGUGGAGACCACAGCACAGAGUGACAACAAAAUCACCUGGGCCAUGAUCAGGGAGCACAUGGGAGAGACCUUGUACAAAAUCAGCUCCAUGAAGUUCAAGGACCCUGUGAAAGAUGGAGAAGCUAAGAUCAAAGCAGAGUUCGCCCAGCUGCACGAGGACAUGCAGAACUCCUUCAGGACCCUGGAGGAAUGAGCGUCCUUACCUCUCAGUCCCUCUUCCAACAAUCCCAGUGCAGUGCAACAUAGUGCAGAUUAAAUGGCCCGUGUUCUGAAUGUCUGCCUCAGUCAUGUGAACUCAUUUUAUUCUUGUGUUUACGUACCUCUAAACAUUCCAUUUCCUGCACAAAAUAGAAGUGAUUUUUGACUCAUCUAGGUCAAAAACAAAAUACUGGUAUCCCUGAAGACACCCUCAUAUUUAUAGUGUUUUUCUUUAAAUGUAGCAACACCUUCAAUCAGCCCAUUGUAAAGCACUUAUUGAUCACUACAUUAUCAUGUUGUGGUUAAAUCCAGUGGGCCCCAAUCAUGUGCUGUACCUGCACUUAAUAAGAAGCUGCAACAAAGAGUGGAGGAGCUGUUUUCUUUCCCCCCCGAUGUGACAGUGAACAUACCAGAUUAUUUAUCAAGUGGGAACAUGUCCGUGUAAAUUGACAGAUGUACAGUUGCUGCAUAUCAGGGGGUUCAAGGAGUUCUUCCACCUCGUACCUCUUCAGUGUGAUAGUCAUGUUGUGAACUAUAUAUACUUGAUGUUAUGUGUAAAAAUGUGAAUGAAUGUUGGCUGUUAGGGUUGUGUUGUAACAGAUGUCUCACUAUUCUAUCAAUGUGUGUUACUGUCUCCUGAAAUAAAUGUAAAGAAAUGA